AUGGGUCGCUACUCCGGAUCGAGCCGAGGGUACCACUCGGCCUUCCGGGGUAACAACGAGUCCUACUUUGAGGAUUUGGAGUCGCUAACCAGGGCUUUGGUGGUUCACCCCGCUUAUGUCCACACGCUCCAGCUGCGCCCUGUGGACUCGAGUGGCAUGCAGACGCGGUGGGGCAAGCUGCCCUUGGAGGUGCUCCUCAACAUCCUGUCGUUCCUCGACUCGCCUCGGGAUCUGGCGAGGCUGGAGCUCGUUAAUUCCUCCUGCAGGUUCAAUCGCAAGCUGCUCAAGAAGCCAUGGGCGCUGACGGCGCGCAAGGUCGGCGUGGGGGCCUGCCUCUGGGACGGAGCCCUGGUCCUGGCCGCCUACCUCCUCACCCUCCCCAGGCACCGCUUCCACGGCAUGCGCUGCGUGGAGCUGGGCGCCGGGGUGGGCACACUGGGCCUCGUGGCCGCCGGGCUGGGCGCACAGGUGACCAUCACCGACAUUGCCAAGGUCCUCCCGCUGCUCAAGGACAACCUGGCCGCCAAUGGGUUUGGCCCGGAGGCACGGCCGUCACAUGAGGGCCAGGCCUGGGCCGAGGCCGGCAUCCUGCACUGGGGCGCCCCGGGGUGGAUGGAUGGGGUACGCCUCCUGGCGGCCCCCCCGGGGGUCGACCUGGUGCUGGCGGCGGACUGCUGCUACAUCGACCAGGACGGCGAGUCGCCCUCCACGCCCGCAUUCGUGGAAACCUGCGCGGGCCUGUGUGGGCCUGACACCCUGGUCCUGGUCUCCUUUGAGCGGCGGUCGCCAGAGGUCCGGCGAUGCUUCCUGGAGGAGAGCAGGCGGCUCUUCUCUCGCGUGAGCAUGGUCCCCCUCCGCGACAUCCCCGAGCCCCUGCAGCUGGAGUACGUCGACAUCUGGCAGCUCCAGCUUUGA